UUCCACGCCACCCUUUUGCAGUGACUGAAGACUGACCGCAAGCAACAUGUCGGCGCCGCCUCUCGACCCCCGCCUCCCCAAGUUCCCCGUCAAGAUGAAGUACCCUUCCUUUAACGACACAACCAGCAACUUCAACUUCUCGGACUAUGCGACAGUCGCCGUGUUCUCCGUCGUGUCCUUUGGUGCUGGCUACGUACUUGGCCGACCUGUCCGCGUGCCAUCCAGUGUGGCCACCGGUGUGCUGGGCACAGUCGGCGGGUAUCUGUAUUCGUUCCAAAACUCUGCCGCCAGACUGCAAGGAUUCAAGGAAUAGGCGAUAAGAUAUGGAGUUAUAGGAUCAACAACCACCGUAUCCCAAAUGAUCUGUUUGUUCGUCGA